AUGAAUAACACAACAUGCAUCAGUGGCACCUCAACUGAAUCUCUCACUUUGGGGAGCAACGGCAGGACAAGUCGCGACAACGUCAUCAUCUACAAGCGGCAUCACGAAGCCAGCAGCAUCGAGCUAUUCUACGAUCUCUUCUUUGUCGCGAAUCUAGCACUGAUCGACUACCUCAAGCUCUUCACCCUAAUCUGGUUCACCUGGCUCAGCACCACGCUCUUCGACGUGCGCUUCAGCAUCGACUGCGUGUGGAACCGCAUCCACAAAGCGAUCCAAUUCGGCGUCUUCACCGGCUUCGUCUUUGCCGGUCCCGUGUUCGACAGAUAUACCCCGACCAAUGUGGCCACAUCCUACAGACAGUUUGGCAUUGUGUUGGUCGUCAGCAGAAUCGCAAUCGUCAUGCAGUAUGGGGUGGUUAUGUGGCAGGGUAGGAUGUUCCGGCAGACCCUGGUGCCGCUGGGGUUGAGUACGGCGGUGCAUGCGAUGGCAGCGGUGGCGUCGUUUGGUAAGUUGGCAGCAUUCCUCUCUUGGAAGUAUGCUAACAGGCUAUGUUGGGUGAUCAUUUCCAUCGUGGAAGGACUCCUAAUCUUCCUCAUCGCCAUCAUCUGGCGAAUUGUCAGCUUCAAGUAUACGCAUUUGAUUGAGCGAUUACAGCUGCUCACACUCAUCAUCAUCGGCGAGGGAAUCAUCGGUAUGGUGAAGAGUGUAGCCUGCAUCUUCAAAGGACAAUCGGACAAUAACUCCACGGAAAUCGGAACAGUCGUUGCUGCAGUUGUUCUACUUUAUCUUCUCUACAUGCUUUACUUCGACCAGCUCUCCCACGACCGAUUCGGCACGGUGCGUCAGCAAAUUUGGUCGCUCCUACAUUAUCCCCUUCACAUGGCGAUACUCUUAUGUGUGGAAGGCAACACCUCGCUGAUAACCUGGAACACAUCUGUCCAAGCCCUCAGAUGGAUGUGGGAUCUCGCGCCCGACUUCUCCGACCCGAGCGACGGCUUCGACAGCACCAGCGAUCUCCUCAGUAGCUUGAACCGAAGCAUGUGGCAAAUCGACGCCCGCUUCCCAAUGAAAUACUGGAACGCGACAAACAAAUGGCAUAGCAACUUCACCGCCAUCGAGAACUACACAGCGACAUAUGGCUUCCGAUCUGAUGAGUGGAACAGUCGCACUGGCGAACUCAUACGCUCCAUCUUCGAUAACGCGCAAGUCUUCGUCUUCGAAGCGCACGCCGAUACCCUGGGCAAACUCAACGCUGUUUCCGCACCAGCUACGGAUCCUCGCCAACGCCUCGAGCGCAUUUAUGCUGUUUUCGACACCGCUGUUCUGCAAUUUUACAUCGGCGCUGGCGCGGUCUUACUCGUGCUCGCGGUGAUGUACUGGUUCAACAAGCUGCACAAGACGAAGUACGAGUUCGGCGAGAUCAUCAACCGCAUGGUCGUCGGUUUUGCGCUGAUGAUCGUCGGGGUAGCGACUGUGAUUGGGAACAAGUCGAUGAGUGGGUUCAAGUUUGUGGGGAGCGCGUGGAUUAUUCCCGUGGUGGUGUUUUGUUAUGUCGCUGGUGAGAACUCUCAUGCACCUCUAACGAUGACUUGGAUUGGGAUACUGACGGGGAACAGUACUGUUGAUGGAUAA